AUGAGCGAAGAGGCCAAAACAGAGCUGUCAUGCGGGGAGUACGGCGGAGCUGUCCCCUGGUACCCCCUGAGAAAAUGGUGGCAGUCCAGCAGGCUUUUCAUUCAAGAUGUUGGCCUGCCGCCUUUCCUGGAGCCAGGAGACCCUCGGUGGAUGGAUGUGGACCGGCUUCAGAGGAGUCUGGCAGCCUGCUCCUGGCCAGGGUACAUACCCACUCCACUGUUUGUGCCCUACAUCUCUGGGUCGAUGCAUCAGCCCAGCCAGAAGAUUAGCAAGGAGCUGUACAAGUGGAGGGUCAGCCUGGACGUGGCUCACUUCUUUCCCUCAGAGAUUUCUGUCAGCGUCAGAGACGGAUUCCUGGAGGUUGGAGGGAAACAUGAGGAGAGGCCAGAUGAGCAUGGAUUUAUUGCUAGAUGUUUUUCAAGGAAAUACAGGCUCCCAGCUGAGAUUGAUGCUACCGAAAUCGUAUCCACACUUUCUGUUGAUGGUAUCCUGUCUGUGGAAGCUCCAGUUUCCGAAACCUCUGUUCCUGCUGCCAUUAUAAUUCCCAUAAAGGUGGAGCUGGAUGUGACUGGAGAAAAACAGGAGAAAGAAGAAGCCCCUGAUACAGAACCAGAUAGCUGCACAGCACCAGAGGCCCCAUGUUUUCCGUCUGCAGAGGAUGAUGGGGAAGAGUCUGCACUAAAGGUCCAUGUUGAUCAGGCCCUCCCUGGCAGCACCACAGCUGGGCUUCAGCAGCAUGAAGAGAGGAGGGAACAGGAGGAAGAGACCCAUGAAAAGCCAGCUGGAGAUUACCGCCCUUCAGCACCUGAAGAUGGCGAUGGCACAGAGAGUCUUCAAGAUUCUUCCAAGCACCAUGAAGCCCAGGAAAUCCAAGAAAACCCAGACACAGAUACGUCCAAACAGCCAGAGCACGAACCACAAGAACCAGCCGUGGGUGGCGAGAUCCAGUUAAUGGCAGGCUCAGGGGAGGGUGCUGAGGAGAUCACCCACCCCGAGGAUACGGCGCUGGGCAAGACUCCACCAAGUGAGGUCCCAAGCCAGGAGCUGGAGGCCCCCGACAUAAAACAAGAACACACUGAGUAG